GAAGAUGCAUAUCCAUUCUAUUCCUUAAACUCAAACGUAUUUCCCCACCAGUGUGAAAGGGAAGCUGAUUUCAGUUCUUUCAUUAAUCUGCUCCUGACUACACAAGGAGUUUUCUGUCUCAGCCUCUCAGGGGCACUGCCUGACCCACUCAAAGCAUCUCAGACAUGCUGGAGGAAGAAAGAGACACUUCUUUCCAGUGGGAUAACCCAACACAAAGCCCUUACCAGAAAUAUCUGUCUCCUACCAAAAAUUCAGGAACAUGGUGCCUUGUGGUGGCGAUUUCGUGUAUUUUUUGCAUGGACUCAUUAGCAACCUGCAUUUUCUUGGGCAUCAAGUCUUGUAACUGCAACCCUUGUCCAGACAAUUGGAUUCAGAAUGAAGAAGGUUGUUACUAUGUUUGGCACACCAGUAAUGAGGAUUGUUUAAAGAACGGCUCCAAGCUUCUACAAAUAGACAACAAGGAAGAAAUGAACUUUAUCACUGGCAGCCUAAGGAAGAUCAAAAGCAGCUAUGGUUACUGGGUGGAUCUGUCUCAGGACGGGCCCAGCCAGCCUUGACUUUGGCAAGAUGGCUCCUCUCCUUCCCCUGACCUGUCACCAAUGCAAGAAUGCCAAUCAAUCAACCAGGCCUAUGGAUACCUCCAAAACAUAUUCCUUUAUUACAACUGCAGCCUUUGGAAAUAUUUUAUCUGUGAGAAGUAUGCAUUAAGAUCUUCUCUCUGAAAGAAAUUUUGCUUGAAGUGAUUUCCCUGUUAUGAUAAUAGUUGCAACAGGUUGUUGGAAAAUCUACCACCAAGAGCGAAAGAGCCAGUGCAGAAGUAAACCAGCGUGAGGGCUGUGAAACCAGCUACCUGAGACACAAAACCUAGCCUUCAUUUACGCUUGGUAAUAUUCCUCAAUACUUACCAAACAUUCAUUUGACAUUGCUCAAAUGAACUGCCACGAAUAAAACUGAUGUAGAGCGACAGAGGACAAAACCCUAAAGAGCUGAGAACAUGCUGCAGAAAAACCAUUUCCAUUUGUCAUUUCUCA